UUCACAUCUGUCCUCAUCACCUCUCCUUCACAUCUGUCUGUUCGCUGCCUCUCACCUGGUGGACAGGUGUGUCUCGUCUCAUCGUCCUCUGAUGCACACGUGCAGAGACGAGCUCGUUGAUGACAUCACUGUGUGGUCAUGACAUCACUCCUGUGUCUCUGCAGAUCACCAGAAGAAGAACGUCUGUCGUCAUGGAGUCGGAGCUGCUGAUUGGGUGGCAGCAGGAGAAGGUGGAGCUCACACAGGAAGUGUGUCGUCUGCAGGAGGAGCUGGCCGAGAGCCGAGCGGAGAGAGAGGAGGUGGAGUCGAGGAGCAGAGCUCUGAAUGAACGGCUGUCCCAGUCAGUGUCUCCCUCGCUCGCCCUCUCUCUGAGGGUGGAGGAGGAGCAGAGGGAGGGGAGGAGGAGGGUGAGGGAGGGGAGAGAGAGGGAGGCCCGACAGGCGCUCCUCAUCCACCGCCUGCAGAACAAGGUGCUGGAGUACAGAGAGAGAUGUCAACACGUAGAAGUACAACUACAGGAAGAACGAAGACUGCUCAGCAACACAGAGGUCAGUACUACGA